ACAUUAAUACGAUAUUAAAAGCAUGCUUUAAAAGUUCCCCAAUUUAGAGGUGUGGAAACUGGAGAUCGUCUACCCAACAUAGCGACUUUUAAGACUCUAGAGAGAGAGAGAGAGAGAGAUGGAAGGGCGUCGUUUGGUGGAGAUGGCGCGGAAGUGGCUGGGCGCUCUGUCAAAGGGCAUGAUAUGUCAUGAAGUGGAGGCCAUAGCCAUGGAGGGCCUCCAGGUCGUCCAGGCUCGCAAGGGUUUUAUUCUGUGUCAUUUUUUGGUUCCCAGUCGCCUCUCAGAUCGAGAUGGAAAUUGGCACGUCGGAGCUAUGGCAACGUUAAUCGACAACGUUGGGCCGCCGCCAUUUGGUCCUCUGUCGGGAAUGUCAAAUCGACCGUCAACCUCAAUAUUUCCUACUACUCCACGGCUAAGAUUCAAUUGUCUCGUUCUGGCCAUCACCAUCGUUAUGCAUCUCGUACAGCCUUAACUUCCUCUCCAUUCCCAUAUCUCUCUCUCUCUCCCCACUUUCUCGUAAUCUCAGUUGCUCCUUUGGACCCCUCUCUCUGCGAGUCUCUUGCUCAUGUCUAUAUCUUCUGGGUUUGGUGAAAAAGGCACGGAAACUUGAGUCCCAACAUUCAAAGUUGACACUUUGCUCUG